GCGAUAAUCCGGCGAUAGCCGUUGUUUACCUCCUUCAACGCACGUGCACCGAGCGUUUUGUAAAAUUGCUUUAUUAUUUAGAGCAUUUAGAGCCUCUAAGAUGCCGCCCAUUGCCCAGGAGGGCAAUUGCCUCAUUUACCGCGGCAGCAACUUUCUCAAGCAGCGCCUAAUCCUCGCCUGCCUGUCGGGCAAACCAGUGAAGAUCAGUCAAAUCCGUUCGGAGGACGAAACGGCACCCGGUCUGCGGGAAUACGAGAUAAGUUUAAUCCGCCUGCUGGACAAGAUCACCAAUGGAACCAAGAUCGAAUUAAAUCCCGCCGGCACGAGUGUCAUGUUCUCACCAGGUUUACUGCAUGGCGGUCAGAUUCAUCAUGAUUGCUGUGUCCAGCGUGGAAUUGGUUACUUUCUGGACGCGCUAAUAGCCUUGGGUCCAUUUUGCAAGAAUCCACUACAGUGCACCCUGCGCGGUGUGACCAACAGCAAGGACUCGCCAUCCGUCGACCAUAUCAAAGGUGCAGCCCUGUCACUGCUCAAGCGAUUCCUCCUAGUCGACGAGGGCCUCGAACUCAAGGUUGUUCGGCGUGGAGUUGCUCCUCUGGGCGGCGGCGAGAUCAUCUUCAGGUGUCCGGUGCGAAAGAGCCUGCGAGCCAUUCAAUUCCAGUCACAAGGCAUGGUUAAACGCAUCCGGGGCACUGUUUAUGCCUGCAAAGUUUCGCCGGCGAUGGCCAAUCGCACCGUGGAGGCGGCUAAGGGAUGUAUGCUAAAGUUCCUGCCGGAUGUGUAUAUCUACACAGAUCAGAACAAGGGCAAGAUGUCCGGUAAUUCGCCCGGAUUUGGCAUUUGCCUGAUUGCAGAGACGACGGACGGUGUGUGCUUCGCCGCCGAUUGCUGUUCCAACACAAGAGAGGAGUCUGAUACUCCCUCCAUACCUGAAGAUCUGGGCAAAGAGGUGGCUCUGCGUUUGCUGGACGAGAUAUACCGAGGUGGCUGUGUGGACUCCAGCUAUCAAUGGCUGGCAGCACUCUAUAUAGCACUGGGGCAAAAACAUGUCUCCAAAUUCCUCACAGGUGCCCUGUCCAAUUACACCGUUCACUUUCUGCAACAUCUGCGCGACUUCUUCUCGAUCACCUUCAAGCUGGAGAAUCCCGAGGCGGAGGACGAGGACGAAGCGGAGGAUGUGCGUGGAGCCCAAAAGGUCCUUAUGGCAUGUGUCGGGAUUGGCUACACGAACAUAAAUAAGCGCGUUACAUAAACUGUUCUCUAGGCUAAAACUUGUAAGAAUAAACAUGUAUUUUUUUUAUAACAAUA